GUCAGCCCGUGAUGGCACACACGUGGGCAUCUGCCUCUCUCGUUUCGGUGCUAUUCGCCCCCCAAACUCCGGACGAGCCUUCCGCGCGACGCUGCACGGCUCCGCCAGCCACCCGUAAAACCCUAGACGGCUAGCCGGCGCACGGAAGCGGGCAGCGGAGCGGAGGUGAGCCUCUCCUGCAUCGGAUUGUCCCCGCCCCCGCUAGGCGCCAUGAAGCUGACGGUGAAGACCCUCAAGGGAACGCACUUCGAGAUCCGGGUGCAGCCCAACGACACGAUUAUGGCUGUGAAGAAGAAUAUAGAAGAGAUACAAGGGAAAGACAGCUAUCCAUGGGGCCAACAACUGCUGAUUUUCAAUGGAAAGGUCUUGAAAGAUGAAAGUACAUUGGAAGAGAAUAAAGUCAAUGAGGAUGGGUUUCUAGUUGUCAUGCUUAGUAAGGGUAAAACAUCUGGUUCAACUGGAACUUCAUCUUCCCAGCACUCAAACACUCCUGCAACAAGGCAGGCACCUCCUCUAGAGGCCCCACAACAAGCUCCUCAACCCCCGGUGGCACCAAUUACAACUUCUCAGCCUGAAGGACUUCCUGCACAGGCACCUAACACACAUGACAAUGCGGCAUCAAAUCUUCUGUCUGGAAGGAAUGUUGACACAAUAAUUAACCAGCUAAUGGAGAUGGGUGGGGGCAGUUGGGACAAAGAUAAAGUCCAAAGGGCUCUCCGUGCCGCUUACAACAACCCCGAACGUGCUGUUGAAUACCUCUACUCUGGUAUUCCAGUAACAGCUGAAAUUGCUGUUCCAAUUGGUGGUCAAGGGGCAAACACAACUGAUCGAGCUCCUACUGGGGAAGCUGGUCUCUCUGGGAUUCCAAACACCGCUCCACUAGAUCUUUUCCCGCAGCAGGGGGCUUCCAAUGCUGGAGGUGGUGCUGGUGGUGGACCACUUGAUUUUCUUAGAAACAAUCCACAGUUUCAAGCAGUUAGGGAAAUGGUCCAUACAAAUCCACAAAUUUUGCAGCCUAUGCUCGUUGAGUUGAGCAAGCAGAAUCCUCAAAUUCUAAGGUUGAUUGAGGAGAAUCAUGAUGAGUUUCUUCAGUUACUAAAUGAGCCCUUUGAAGGCGGAGAGGGGGAUUUCUUAGACCAACCUGAGGAGGAUGAAAUGCCUCAUGCCAUUAGUGUUACACCAGAGGAGCAGGAGGCCAUUGGACGGCUUGAGUCCAUGGGGUUCGACAGAGCACGCGUUAUUGAAGCAUUCUUAGCCUGCGAUAGGAACGAGGAGCUAGCAGCAAACUAUCUCCUUGAGCAUGCUGGUGAGGAAGAUUAAGCGGGAGUAGUUUUCAUACGAUUUUUUUUAGUACCGAGUGACGAAGAGUUGAUAUGGAGCUGACGAUCAUUUGAAUUGAUUUCGUUGUGCAAGACUUGUAUUACAUAAACAUUUAAAUACAUGUAGCUGAACAUUUCAGUAGAAAUGCUACGGUUGUGGUCUCCCAUCGUUGACUUUCAUUAGCGUGGUGGUAAACAUCGGUUCUGCUCCUGUCCUGUAUUAACACAAGCUUGGCUUGGGAGGAAGCACAAGGAGCUAUUGCCACCUAGCAAAAGGAUAAAAGGGAGGAUGACGAAUUGGCGAUGUGUUUGCGACACGCUGCCCUCAAGUGUGGAUGAUGAGUGCAGAUAGGUUGAUGACUGUGCCAAGGCUGUCAAGUGUGUAAACGAACGCUGCCUUCGUAGUUCUGACAACUGCGACAGUUCUGUAGCUAGACCUAUUUGCUAUCUUCAUGAUAAAAUUAUCUAAAUGGGACGGUCCUUGACCGAUUAAUUGCA